AUGUGUCCUGCUACCAUGGCGACGGUGACUCCUCCCCUCACGUUCCUCUUACUGCUACUUCAAAUGGCUGACGGCUCAUUCCCAGAGGAACCCAACCCGCUCAGCUAUGUCCCAGUGGAGGUGGUGAGGAGGUACCCUGUAUUUCUGGGCAGGGCGCACCGUUCGGCUCAGAGACAGGAGCUGCACAUUCAAACCGUCCUCCAAGUUAAUCGCACGCUCUACAUAGGAGCCAGAGAUGACUUGUACAGAGUGGAGCUGGAUAACACGGCUGGAGAUGAAAUGUUCUACAGCAAGAAGCGGACGUGGGAAUCUAAUAAAAACGACAUCCGAGUGUGCCGAAUGAAGGGCAAACACGAGGGUGAGUGCCGCAAUUUCAUCAAGGUGUUGCUGAGCCAACCAGAAGGCCUGUUUGUGUGUGGAACAAAUGCCUUCAAUCCCCUUUGUGCGAACUACACUAGAGACACUUUGGAGUUGGUGGGCGAGCCUGUGAGUGGAAUGGCCCGCUGCCCGUAUGAUCCCAGACACGCCAACGUGGCUCUGUUCGCAGAUGGAAGUCUCUUUACCGGCACCGUGACAGACUUCUUGGCCAUUGAUGCCGUGAUCUAUCGUAGCCUCGGUGACAGCCCAGCCCUACGCACUGUCAAACACGACUCCAAAUGGUUCCGAGAGCCAUACUUUGUGAGUGCCAUGGAGUAUGGACCACAUAUUUACUUCUUCUUCAGAGAGAUGGCCAUGGAAUUUCAUCAUCUCGAAAAGGUGAUGGUGUCCCGUGUGGCCCGUGUGUGUAAGUCUGACCUGGGCGGUUCUCAGCGUGUCCUUGAGAAACAGUGGACCACUUUCCUUAAGGCACGACUCAACUGCUCUGUUCCCGGGGAUUCACACUUCUACUUUAACCUUCUGCACGCGACCAGCAGCAUCAUACACAUGCAGGGCCGAGACGUUAUUCUUGGCCUCUUCUCCACCCCGCCAAACAGCAUCCCUGGAUCUGCUGUGUGCGUGUUCGACAUGCAGCAGCUGGCACAUGUCUUUGAGGGACGAUUUAAGGAGCAAAAAUCCCCUGAGUCAAUUUGGACUCCAGUGCCAGAUGAGGCCGUGCCUAAACCCAGACCAGGAGGAUGUGCAGUUCAAGGCUCCAGAUUCAGCACCUCCACCACACUACCGGACGAGGUGCUGAGCUUUGUGAAGACUCACCCUCUGAUGGACGAAACAGUCCCGCUGUUAGGUCACAGGCCGUGGGUGGUUAAGACUAUGGGGAGGUACCAGUUGACUGCAAUGGUGGUAGACACAGAAGCAGGUCCACACAAGAACAGAACAGUGCUAUUUUUGGGCUCAACCCGAGGAACCAUCUUGAAGUUUUUAAUGAUUCCAAACGGAGAUUUAGUCUCCCACAACAGUGUGUUUUUGGAGGAGGUAGAGGGCUUCAACCCGGAGAAGUGUGGGGAAGACUCUCCUCAGGCUCGCCAGCUUCUGUCCCUGUCUCUGGACAGGACCAGCCACACUCUGCUACUGGCCUUCCCCUCAUGUCUGGUCCGAGUGCCCACCUCCCGCUGUCAUCUCCACUCACGCUGCAUGAGGCUCCCAUUUCAACAAGACGUGGAGUAUGGGAACACCACCUCCCAUCUUGGAGAUUGCGAUGGCAUCUUGCAACAAAGUUUGCUGAUUGAACCAGAGAGCCUGGUCUCCCUGAACCUCUUGGUGGCUUCUGCAGUGUCUGCGUUCACCAUUGGAGCAGCCCUGUCUGGUCUAGCAGUCUGCUGGAUCAUGGCUCACAAACCAUCCAACCGGAGACAUCAUAGUGGUUCUCAGUCAAGUUUACAGCGACGUGACAGAGGCUUGAUAAAUAGUGCUAUGGGAGGCUCUGUUCUAAGUGUCACACGCCAAGCUGGAGGUGAACGCCAGUGCUCUCAAGGUGGAGAGACCCUGUUUGUCAUGCCCAACGGGUGGGUCAAAUCUGGGGAGCUCGACCCUGGUUUUCUACCCACACCAGAACACACGCCCCAACAGAAGCGACGUGGACUCCGACUAUCCGACUCCAACUCUGGAGGGUGGGACACAAGCCAGACAUACCUGGGAGGUGGCUCAGUGGGGUUGGGCUCACCCUGCCGUAUGCCUCCGUCUGUGUAUCUGACCACCAGACUGUUCCAACAGGGUGGGGUGGGGCGCCUCAGCAAUGACGGACGAGGGAACGACACCCCCCGCCAACACUACGUCUGUCUCAGUAAGCAGGAGAAAUCACUGAAAGGGACCCCCAAGGCCCCCCUAAGAAAGUCUGCAGGUGAUUAUGUGUAUCCCAUGACCCCACAGGACUCCCCAGAGCGCCGCAGGGUUGUGUCAGCGCCCAGUGCGCCCAGUGCACCCAGUGCGCUCAAUGCCCCGACUGCCCUGAGUGCACCCAACCCCCCCAUAGAGUACAGCGAGUCUGUGCGCUGGCCACAGGAAGGAUACAUCCUGAGCAGUCACGGCAUGGUCCCUGUUCCUCUACCACCACCCUCAAUGCCUGCCCCCAGUAGUCAGGCGUAUGUGUCCCAACAGCACACUCCUGCACUGAGCAGAGCGCUCAUCCGGGGGGCACUAGAGCGGGGUGAGCUGACCGACUUUAUGGACUUGAGCCAUUUGAUGAAGAAGAGCUGUAAUGAAAGAACUCAGAAUGGACAGUGA